AUGCGUGCCAGGCUGCAGCAUCUCGAAUCCCAGCUUCUUUCUCGGUCUCCUCUCCAGAGAGAUCGAUAUGACGAGGAUGAGUCUCUUGAAAGCGAUCGGACUGGCAGUGAGGGAUCUCAGUGGUUGACGGGUAGCACUAGCAGUUCCAGCUUCGGUAUGAUAUCUCCAGGGUUCAAUGGCAGUUCCACCAGUGAUUCAACGAUAUCCGGCAACCAUCUAGGAAACAUGCCAGUUUCGUUGUUCUUAGACUUCGAAUACUUCCAAAGAGCCAACUUGAAGCUAUCGAAACCUCACAUUACUAUACCUCCAGAUGUUUUGCGUUAUUUAUGCCAGGAAAACAUGGUAAUAGAGACGGCAACUGAGUAUUUCAACACGAUUCAUGUCUGGCUACCGUUCAUCUCCAAAAAGAGAAUGGAUCUCGGAAUACCAACCCAGAAUCCAGGGCCUGAUCUAGCUAUGUUAUUCCUCGCAAUGAAGCCAUGCAUAUCUGAUUUAAAAGAGACCCAAGAGAACUCGCUCUACACGAUCUGCAAGAAUUUUCUUUUCACACUUGAAAGGGGAGGCUUGAUGACUCUGCUUGGACUACAAGCCAGUAUUCUUGUAGCUCUCUUUGAACAUAUACAUGCAAUCUAUCCAGCCGCAUGGAUGUCUAUUGGAGCAUGUGCGCGAUAUGCGGAGCUUCUUGGCGUUAACAGCUCUACUGAGGCAUAUAGUGUGUUGAGAAAAGUGACAAGCUGGACGGAGAUUGAGGAGCGCAGAAGAACUUGGUGGGCUCUUUUUGCCUUAGACCGGCUAUCUGUGACUGGAAACGAGCGCUCAUAUGCCUUGCCACGCCCGACAGGCGAAGGGCGACUUCCAGGAGAUGACGAUUCUUGGAACUUUGGGGACCCUAAAAAAGGUGGUAUUGGCCAUGUCAUUUCCACCGAUUAUCGCAUCCAUCAGUCUGCAUUCGCUCGCCUCUGCCAGGCCGCGUUGUAUAUCGACCGCGCCCGCGAUUAUACGAAGAUCAGAGGCGACUUGGAUGCUGACGCGGUUGCAGAGAUCAUGUCCUUUUCAGAAGAUUUGGAACGCUUCUGUUCACUUAUCGAAGAGAAGGAGACCGAGAACAGUAUCGCAUUCACCUCGCUUGGUGCAAGAAACCUCGCAAACUCGGCAUUAUUUCUAGUUCUCAACAGGUUAGCUUGUCCAGAAACUGUAUCCCCCGAGUCUAACUACCACAUGGAAGGAGGCGCAAAGAAUCCUGUGGAGGCCAGCGUGCUUGGGCGAGCUGUGGAAAUCAUCGAGCAGGCAAGCAACAAGUUUCAUGCCAGGGCCUGCGAGAUGCAACAACAUAUCUAUGAUCUCCCUCCGAAGGAUAUCUCGACUCUGCUCAGCACAUUUUCUCCAUUUUCACUGGAUGCGAUAUAUGUCUCUGCCGUUACCCUCCUCUGGCUGUGGUUGGAAAGCGGGGAUGAAACUUAUCGCACAAAAGCCAAUGAGAUUGAGACACACCUCGAACGCAUAGGGCAACGUUGGGGACUGGCAAAAGCAUAUAGUAAGCUGGUCCGGGACUAUGUUUCCCUUUUUGGGCCCUAUGAUUAA